AUGGCGACCGACAACGAACGUAAAUUCGAAUUUCCGGCUUUUGAUGAUCUUCCCAGCAUCGACGGGGCUCCCAAGGGAUGUCUCUGGGGAUUCUAUGACCGCGACGGAGUCAAGGACGAAGUUGGCUCAAUAAACCUGUUGACUCCUACCGUGGUCCAAGCAGCUGCCAGUUCUGAAAUCCGCACGGGACGACAUAUCCAGCUGGACUGGCCACUGCAUUCACUCUCUUAUCCAGGAUUUGGCCGCAAAGAGUUUGAGCAUAAAGUUAUCUCGCUGCAUGACGGUCUGGAUAUCUAUGGAUUUGACGACGAGCUGCAUAUCAAUACUCAAAGUGGCUCACAAUGGGAUGGCUUGAAACAUCAUGCGUCCCAAGAACAUGCUGUCUUUUAUAACGGUUUGAAGUUUGAUGAUGCCUUGAAGACAGAUGCCAAUGGAAUUCACAACUGGUGCAAUCGUGGUGGCAUAGUCGGAAGGGGUAUACUGGUUGACAUUCGAGCUGCUAACUGGUCGUCGGACAUAAAGCCACGGUAUUACGAAUACAAAAAGAAGGUCCUCCCAAGCGGCUUUAGUCGAUACGAGAUUCCAGUACAAGAUAUUCAGGAUGCUCUAGCCUAUCAAGGGACGAAGCCACGACAGGCGGACAUCUUGCUCGUCCGCACCGGCUUUAUCCGAGAGCACAACGCAGCGUCCGACGAAGAACGACUCACUGCAACCCGUAAAGUUGGAAGGACUAUCGGAGUAAAGGCCUGUGAAGAGACUGUGAGAUGGCUUUACUCACAGCAUUUCGCGGGACUUGUCGGAGACACUGUCGCCUUUGAAGCGUGGCCACCAGAGAAGGAUAAUCAAUGGGUUUUACAUGAAUGGGCAUUGACAUGGUGGGGAACUCCAAUUGGAGAGAUGUGGGAUCUGGAAGCUUUGGCAGUUGAAUGUGAAAGGCAGAAUCGAUGGUCAUUCUUCGUGACAAGUGCACCUUUACGAGUCCAGGGCGGAAUAGCAAGCCCUCCAUGUGCCAUCGCUAUUUUUUAG